GGAUCUCAUCAAAGUUCUACCGACGUAGACUCUCGGCGCGCGCGGUACCUAGCGCGGUUCUAUUAUAAUAGGUCGGGAUGUAUUCGACCAAAAUCCAUUCGAAAAAGGAGUGGACUGAGGAGUUAGGGUUGCUCUUGGUUUCUUCUCUUCUUCCAUUCCCUACUAUGGCAUCUCCUCCGUUGGCAAUCCGGCAACGAUCUGACAUCUACGCCGGAGUCUGACACGGUCAUUCAAGAGACAAUCACUGUUCCUGGUGUAGAAAGAGAGAGAAGAUCAUGGCAGAUUUGGAAAACUUGCUCCUGGAAGCUGCUGGGAGAACUGGCACAUCUGGGAGGAAACAACCCUCUCGUCCUCAGUCAAGAAGGCGACGGGAAGGUUCAUAUUCCGAUUAUGGGAGUGAUUCAAAGGACUACGACUCAGAUGACCCAGGUUAUAAAGCCCGAAAACCUUCUGGAUCCCAGGUCCCUCUGAAGAAGAGGCUUGAUCCCAUGGAAAACGAUGAUGAUAUGGGUAGCCAUGGAGAUGACGAUGAUGAUAAUGGGGGUGGCAGCGGUGAUGAUUCAGAUAGCGCAUCCUCUAUUGGGAGCGACCUUUACAAAGACGAUGCAGACAGGGAAGCACUUGCAAAGAUGUCCGAGCUUGAUCGGGAGAUGAUACUAUCAGAGCGGGCCGACAAGAAAAAUGAUUCUCAGUUGAAGAAAAAGGUAAGGGCGUCAUCUCAAAGUGAGAAGAAGACACGACCGAGGAAAGAGUCCCCCCCUCCACUGCCAGCCCGCGGGCGCUCAUCCACUAACAAGUUUAACAAAACAGCCGCAAAGGAUGCGCUGAACGAGCUGCGUGCGAAGCGGUUGAAACAGCAGGGUUCGGAGGGUCAACGUAGACUGAGGGUUGCAUCUGCUGGAGCUGGUGGCAGGGAAUCUUCACCUGUCAGGCGGAAGUCCAUGACUGCAGCAAGCAUGAUCAGUGACUCGAGCAGAAGUGAGAGUAGCAGGAGCGAUAGCAGCGAUGAGGAGUCUGCAUCUGGUGGAGGGAUGCCAGAGAGCGAUGAUGAAGCGCUGAGGUCUGAAGAGGAGAAGCUGACUUAUGAGGAUAUCAAAGACAUCACAAUCCGGAGGUCGAAGCUGGCAAAGUGGUUCAUGGAACCCUUCUUUGAAGAGCUGAUCAUUGGCUGCUUUGUGAGAGUCGGGAUCGGGAUGUCUAGGGAUAAGGUGAGCAUCUAUAGGCUCUGUAUGGUCCGGAAUGUAGAUGCGUCGGAUCCAGACCGACAGUAUAAGCUGGAGGGCCGGACCACCCACAAGUACUUGAACUGCAUUUGGGCCAAUGAGAGCUCGGCCGCCAGGUGGCAGAUGGCCAGGGUCUCCGACUCGGCCCCUACAGAGACAGAGUUUAAAGAGUGGUUCAGGGAGAUAGAGCGCUCUGGUGCACGGAUGCCCAGUCUGCAGGAUAUCAUGGACAAGAAGGCGGCCAUACAGAAGACCAAUGCUUUUGUCUACUCAGCAGCCACUGUGAAGCAGAUGUUGCAGGAGAAGAAAUCAGCCUCAUCGAGGCCGUUGAAUGUGGCAGCCGAGAAGAACCGCCUGAGGAAGGAGAUGGAGGUGGCAGAGAGCCGGCGGGAUGAUGUGGAGGUGGAGAGGAUCCGGGCCAGGCUGCAGGAGCUAGAAGCCAUGUCCCGCCAGGUAAAGGAGAAGGAUGCUAAGGCCGUGAGGCUGGCCGAGAUGAACAGGAAGAACCGAGCUGAAAACUUCAAGAAUGCAUCGGAGUUGAAGCCGGUGAACACGAGCCUGAAAGCCGGAGAGGCAGGAUACGACCCUUUCUCGAGGAGAUGGACCAGAUCUAGGAACUACUAUGUGUCGAAGCCUGGUGGAGCAGCCAAUGGGGACGACGGAGCCACAACAGGCCCUGGCUCUGGAAUUGCAGUGGGGGCUGGAGAGGCUGCGACUGUGGCUGCUCUGGAGGCAGCUGCUGGUGCGGGGAAGUUGGUGGACACCAGUGCUCCUGUCGACCAAGGGACAGAGUCCAACACAUUGCAUGACUUUGAGCUGCCAAUAUCAUUGGCGGGGUUGCAGAAGUUUGGGGGUCCGCAGGGGGCGCAUUUGGGUUUCAUGGCACGGAAACAGAAGAUAGAGGCAGCCAUAGGUUUCCGGGUGCCAGAGAAUGAUGGGAGGCGGCAUGCACUGACUCUAACAGUUGGCGACUACAAACGGCGGAGGGGCCUUCUCUGAAGCAUGUAUAGAAGCAUGGGGGCUUGUGCACUUUGUAGUCACGCUGUUGAAGCUCGUCAUCAGUUGUUGCAGAGUGUGUGUGUGUGUGUGUGUGUGUGUCUGUAUUUUUAAUUUCUUUCUAAUUUUCUGCCCAUGUUGCUGUGUGAGAUUUGUGACUGGGUAAUUUCCUCUUAUGUUAAGAUUGCCUAAUUAUAAUGCUCUGCCCUUAUGAUUCUUGACAAGGGUUAGGGACUUUGCAUAGCCUAGUGGUCAUUCUUCCCAAUGGUUUGCUUUUA